UGGGGUCCUGGGAUCUGGCCCACGGCCCUGGAAACUGAUCACAUCGGCCCUGUGUUCUUGAUUUCAAGCUUGUUCCCAGACGGUCCGCAAAAUAUCACGAGCUCAGGUUGCUAUAGUAAAUAAAACAAGACAAUGAACGAAAAACCCUUAGUGCUUUACUUUCAUCCAUUAAUGCAACCAUUGGCUGAAAGUGUUAUGAAACAUUGCUCUGAAAAAGUCAUCAAAGGUAACAUUACCUGGAAGCACUUUCUUGAUCAAUGGCCAAACUUAUUUAUUGAAAAUGUUAAAAAGGAUUGUGCAGGAAGGGAUGUCAUAUUCAUUGGCAGUUUACAUGCUCCAAGUAUUAUAUUUGAACAGCUCGCUAUCUUAUAUAGUUUGCCUCGAUAUCUUUCUCGAUCUGUAACUUUUGUAUUGCCCUAUUUUCCAACAGCAACAAUGGAACGUAUUGAUACAGAAGGAGGUGUCGCUACUGCUGAAACAAUGGCUAGGAUUCUGUCUGCCAUACCAUUAUCCUCAAGAGGGCCAUGUCAAAUUAUAAUAUUUGAUAUACAUGCUUUGCAAGAAAGAUUCUAUUUUGGUGACAAUGUUAUUCCAAGGUUAGAAUCUGCAGUACCAUUGCUGCUUCAUCAGAUAACUACGGAAAAAAUAAAGGAUGUUGCAAUUGUUUUUCCUGAUGAUGGUGCAUUUAAGAGAUUCCAUAAUUUAUUCGACGAUUGUUUCCCCAUUAUUAUAUGCACAAAAAUUCGAGAAGGAGAUAAGCGCAUUGUGAAGAUUAAAGAAGGGACUGCUCUUGAUAAACACUGUAUUAUUGUUGAUGAUUUAGUUAUGACAGGUGGGACGUUAAUUGAAUGCGCCAAAGUUCUUCAAAGUAGCGGUGCCACAAAAAUCAGUGGAUAUGUAACACAUGCAGUGUUCCCAAAAGAUUCAUGGAAAAAAUUUUGUGCUGAACAAACAUUGUUUGACACAUUUUACAUUACAGAUUCGAUACCUCAUGCUACGAAAAUAGCAGAAAAUAAGCCAUUCAAACUUCUGUCACUAUCAAAGCUGUUGGCUGAUGUAUUGCUGGGCUGACUUAGAAGAGCAUUCGCAAUACUUUAACUGACUCGUGGUGUUUAUAAUCCAUAAUUUAUUUAAAAUAUUUUUAAUUAACAUACCAAUUGCUAUAUAGCUCUAAAAGCAGUCAAUUGCAUGCAAAUGGGUGUGUUUGAUAUAUAUCCCUUAUGAUUUUUCAUUGAUGUAUACUAUUCUUUGACAGAAAACUAUUUCAGUCAUAACUAGGAGGUUUAAAAAACACCACAUGAAUUUAUCUGUUGUAAUUAACAGCAGGAUGAAACAGAGAUUUUCUAACUAUAGUGCACUCUAACGAGUUCAGUUUAUCAAGACUUUGUUGUUGUGCGAUUGUAUAUAUCAAAUGCAUACUGUUAUCUGGGCUAAGUUUUGGAUGGAUAUACUUUUUUUAGGAUUUGCACAGCACUUGAUAAUAUUAUAUUGUUGUACUUUUUUAUCUCAUAGUUGAAGUAUUUAUUGAUUAUAUAGUAAUUAUUUUUAAAAAAUGCAAAUUUUUUACAGAGCAAGGUAUGCACACCAAGUUUAUAGAAAGAAAAAAAUUCCUAAAAUCAAUUUGGUAAUACAAAUGCACAAAAGUGUUUGUUUGUAUUUCGUGUGUAUAGGUGUUUACCCUAUAUGUGUUGUGAUGUUAUGUAAAUAUAAAUUAUGAUGAAAUCUCACAUAAAAAAUUGCAACAAUAAAUAUUCAUUUUAUAGUAUAACCAUCACAUGAAAUCCUUGUAUUUGCGUAUAGAAAAAUAAUAUCUCAUUUUUUCUUUUUUGAAAAUAACUGCUUUUUUAUUUCUGUUUUUAUUUUAAAAUGUUGAAUAAGAAUUCUAGUCAAGAAAGAUUUCAUUACAAAAGUCAAAACAGUUUGUUUUCAGGAGCCCUUUAGACCUCAUAACAAAGUAAGUAUGAACAUUAGGUUCACUCACAGGUUUGAGUUGUUAACUUUUAUACUUAAGAUUAUUAUUGCACCCAUAAAAAUAUGACAUAUAAUGUAAUAUGUAGCGUUUAUAUACAAUAAAAGAUAAAAUUAUACAAUGCAAUCUAUAUGAUCUUCCAUGAAAUAUAUUUGUUAUUCUUUUUAUGCUUAUAUUUGCAAUGUUCGUAUACGUCUUAUUAUAAGCUGUUUAAAAAAAUAAGUGAUGAUAUAUAGGAAAAGGUGUUUUUUUAGGGGAGAGAUUUUUGCACUUAUGUAGAAACUCUUUACAAAUUUCACAUGUGCUAUUAAAAGCAUGCCUUAAUCAGUUUCAUCAAUCACAC